AAUAUGCAAAAAGUUUAAUGUAUUCUAUUCCUAAUUGCGAUGAUAAAGAAUCUGUAUUUAAUAUUUUCGAUCAAUUGUUAAAUUUAAAUGAAGAUAAUGUACAAGAAUGGGUUGAUUACUAUCGUACAUCUUAUAUUAUAGCAUCUUUAAAUUAUCAUUGCUCAAAAAUUAAUUAUAAUACCUGGAUUGAAGCUGGAAAUAAUACAAAUGCAGCUGAAGCUGCUCACGCAUAUGCAAAUCGAUCUGGAAAACAAGGAAAAAAAUUAGAUGAAAUAACCAUUAAUCGAAUACAAGUUCAUAUCAAGUUUGGUGUACCAAUUACACAACGUGAUAGUGGAGAAAUUAAACGUAAAUCAAUUGCUAUGACAC